ACUGUAAAGUCAACCGUCACUCGGUCCCGGAAUCUAGCAAGAUCAAAUGCGAUGAGUUUUACGAAUAUCAAUGUAAGAGAACUCCACAGCAUUGCCCGCAGUCAGCCCAUCGAUCCUUUCCUUGCUCGCAGGACCCAGAAGGAAUAAAGGCCCUUCUCGAACAGCUAAGAGCGUCGCAAGUGUGGCAGGUCGACCGUGAAUGCUGCCGCGCCUCCUGCUAGUCCCAGUGCUCGCGCUCCGACGACGUCGGAGGUAGGGGCAAGCAAUGAAAACACCAGCACCGGACUGUCAUCGGCUUCAUUAUUGUCACCUCAGUCUCAGCCCUUACAACCAAGACCUGGACUCGCGACUACAGACUCCUAUACAAAGACUCCAUUCAACGACCCCGUCGGUCGCGUCGCUGCUCUCCCAGUUGAACGCGUCCCAAUGGAAGCAAUCAACGUCAACUACUGCCUCGGAGGAUGUACUUCCUUUCUCUUCGACUGGGAACGCGGGACCAUCACGCGUGCCACAUUCUCGAUCCUCGUCGUCCUUGGGCUUCGUUCAUCAAUCGUUUCCCUCGGAACCAAAGCAACAACUGACCCGGCCUUUACGAACGCCAAAUCCACUACAACCCCCCAUAACGACAACGCCACCAGAAGAGGACGUUCGAUUUAUAUCCUUCCAACAGGCAUUGCCACAUUUGUCUCAGCUAGCUUCGGAUUCCGAGUUCAUCGCUGCCGUAGGCCGUCUGAGGGGUGAUCAGAAAGAACUCGAGCAAAAAUUAUGGGAAGAACGAUGUGCAAUACGCCGAAAACAUGAGGAAAAAGUUAAGGUCGCUCGUACGAAGGCGAACAUGACCGGCGCUGAGUUGUCCAAACACGAAGUGGAUAUGUUCAACGAGGCAUUCCGACGGGAGGUGCAGAAGUUCGACACCGAACGUGUUCUGGUUGCAUGGGAUGCAUUGGCCGAGAAGCAGCAGGCCGCUCUGGAAACGCUUGGUGUUCCCACCAUGUUUCGGACGGGCUCAAAGGAAAAUCUCGAGAAACAGAGGAAGAUUAUGCAGGUCCUGGAGGGAUUGAUCCAAUGAAUAUGGUCAGGCACGUGGUGUCUCUCCAUCACU